CUGGACUGCGUUGGCUGCCGGGAGUUGUAGUCCUCUAGCCUUUCUCGGCCCCCUCUUGCUUCCGGUGCCGUCACGGGACAGAGCAGUCGGUGACAGCUCCGAGGGCCCCCACCCCGCUCCCAUGGCCGAGCCGGACGCCUCUGACCCUCUGGAGACCCAGGCAGGGAAGGUGCAGGAGGCUCAGGAUUCAGACUCGGACACUGAGGGAGGAGCGGCUGGCGGAGAGGCAGAGAUGGACUUCCUGCGGAAUCUGUUCUCCCAGACCCUGGGCCUGCGCUCCCAGAAGGAGCGGCUGCUGGAUGACCUGAGCCUCGAAGGAGUGACCCGUUACAUGCAGAGCGAGCGCUGUCGAAGAGUCAUUUGUUUAGUGGGAGCCGGAAUCUCCACGUCUGCGGGUAUCCCUGACUUCCGCUCACCAUCCACUGGCCUCUAUGCGAACCUGGAGAAGUACAACCUCCCUUACCCGGAAGCCAUCUUUGAGAUCAGUUACUUCAAGAAACAUCCAGAACCCUUCUUUGCCCUUGCCAAGGAGCUCUAUCCCGGGCAGUUCAAGCCAACCAUCUGCCACUACUUCAUCCGCCUGCUGAAGGAGAAGGGACUGCUUCUGCGCUGCUACACCCAGAACAUUGACACUCUGGAGCGGGUGGCAGGAUUGGAGCCCCAGGACCUGGUGGAGGCCCAUGGCACCUUCUACACGUCACACUGCGUCAGCUCCUCCUGCCGGCAAGAGUACUCCCUGAGCUGGAUGAAAGAGAAGAUCUUCUCAGAAGCAACCCCCAAGUGCGAGAAAUGUCAGAGCUUGGUGAAGCCUGACAUCGUGUUUUUCGGUGAGAACCUCCCUCCACGCUUCUUCUCCUGCAUGCAGUCAGACUUCUCCAAGGUGGACCUCCUCAUCAUCAUGGGCACCUCCCUGCAGGUGCAGCCCUUCGCCUCCCUCAUCAGCAAGGCACCACUGUCUACCCCACGCCUGCUCAUCAACAAGGAGAAGACGGGCCAGACAGACCCCUUCCUGGGCAUGAUGAUGGGCUUGGGCGGUGGCAUGGAUUUUGACUCCAAGAAAGCUUACAGGGAUGUGGCCUGGCUAGGUGACUGUGACCAAGGCUGCCUGGCCCUGGCUGACCUCCUCGGAUGGAAGAAGGAGCUGGAAGACCUUGUCCGGAGGGAGCACGCCAGCAUAGACGCCCAGUCGGGAUCACAGGCCCCCAACCUCAGCACUACCACCUCCCCUAGGAAGUCCCCACCUCCAGCCGAGGAGGCGGCCAGGACCAAAGAGAGAGAGGAGCACCAGUGACCACUACCUCCCAGCAGGCCAGCGGAACCCCAGCCAGCACUGGUCCCUAACAUGGAGCUGGUGUGGGGCUCAGGAGAGCCUUCAUUCUCUUAACCACUUUCUUGAAACCAGGGUCCCCAACUCAAUCCCAGAAAGUUCUAACAUACCUGAGGCCUGAGGCCUGCAGCCUGCGCAGUAGCUCUCUUAACAGCUCACAGGCUCUAACCACCCAGGGCAAGCUCAACCUCCCCUAACUUCUAACUACUCCCAGAGAUCAGGUUACCCCCAAACUCCUGACUGCCAGAGUGCUCUUAGGGGGUCUGUGGCUAAAUCUAAUUAACCCGCCCCACCUGGGGGCUGAACUUCUGUGAUGAAAUGUAACUCCACCCAGGGGGUGAGGCCUGUGGGAUCGCUGAGCCUGGAGGCCUCCCAACUCUCGGCCUCCAACAGACAAAAUGGGUGCUGGCCUCUCUUUCCUAGGGACCCACUUGCCAGCCAGUGGGGGACGAGCAGGAGACCUCGUUUAUUGGAAACACAUUAAAAACAAGGCAAAUCAACUAA